AUGGCCCAGCUAAUGCACAUACUGGCUGCAACACAGAAAUGCCAUUCACUUCGUCGAGUGACCUUUCUUCUUCUCCUAGCUCUUAUCAUCAUUAUCUUCAGGUCUAAGGGUUACCUGAACCCAAGAAGCCAGAAGCUGGAAAGCGUCCAGGUUGAUGCAAGCAUGGCUGUUAGAGACCACAAUGGUCUGAAAAGUGUAAAAUUACCAAGGAUGGUGUGUCAACAGCCACAGGUGCUAACACCCUCUAGGAAGGACGUCCUUGUCAUGACCCCUCGGCUGGCUCCCAUCCUCUGGGAGGGGACUUUCAAAACUGACAUCCUGAAUGAGCAGUUCCGGCUCCAGAAUGCCACCAUUGGAUUCAUCACGUUUCCUGCUAAAAAAACCCAAAACCCACCUGAAGAUGUUGCUGGAACUGCAGAGAUGGACUUCAUGGCGGGACACAGGGUGAGCUACUACGUCUUCACUGACCGACCAGACCAUGUUCCUCACAUUAACAUCCAAAAAGGAAGGCAGACAAUCAUCCUCAAGGUCCAGAGCCAUGCCCGCUGGGAGGACAUCUCCACACACCACACGGAGAUGAUCAAUUUUCCCCAGCAGCGCUUCCACCAGGAAGCGGAUUACCUUGUGUGUGUGGAUGCGGACAUGAAGUUCAGCGACCACACGGGCGUGGAGAUCCUCUCCUCCUUGUUCCGCACCCUGCAUCCUGGCUACCGUGGGCUCAGUCGGACCCACUUCCCCUAUGAACGUUGGCCUCGGUCACAAGCCCAUGUUCCUGAAGAUGAGGGGGACUUUCAUUACACAGGGGCCUUUUUGGGAGCAGUGCCAGAGGUGUACAGGCUCGGCAAGGCCCGCCACGAGGCACAAAUGGCCGACCAAGCCAACCACAUCAAGGCUGCGAGGCAUGGUGAGAGCCACCGGAACGAGUAUCUGCUUUACCACAAACCCUCCAAGGUCCUCUCCCCCGAGUACCUGUGGAAUCAGCAGCUAACGUAUUAUUUUAGACCACAAAAACUUAACUUGUCCAAAAUCAUAAAGUGGAGAAGAUUUAAGGUCUUAGAGAUGAAUUACCAACUGAAAGACUGA